AUGCCAAUACACGACAGCCAAACUUACGCAUCGGAGCAGCAAAGACGCAACAGCAAAGCAAAGCAACACCCGCACGCCCAACAACGGGGAAACCCCAAAGGUGUAAUGUACCCGGUACACACACGGCUUUCCGUACUUCCGCUAUGGGCUCCGCUUACUUCCUUUCCCUCCCUGCGUUCCCGCGUGGGCGAGAUUUACCCACACACACUUUUGGGCCCUUCGGGAAACCUUGUUUGUGCCGGGGGGCGCUGGGACGACCAACAACAGGUCAGCCAGCCACCACCACCACCAGCACCACCACCAUCAAGUACACCUUUUCGGAGAGUAAACCCAAAAUACUUGUCCGCCAGUCACACUGCCUUGUUGCUCGUUUCCCCUACCUUUCCAAGCAAGAAUAUUGCCCGGGCUUCACACAGCUGCACACCCAAGCACCAUGAGCGCUAA